CAGAGUUCGUCAUUUCGAGUUUGUUCUGCAAUUACAUUGCGCGCACAACACUGUUGCGGUUGCUGUUCAAUCAUCCUCAGCGUGUACACUCACGAUUUGCGUUAAUUUGUUGUCUACAAUCUACCAGCUAACUUCUAAUCAAUAACCAUGCCAGACGUAAACAUGGCACCAGCUGAUGAUGUUGAGACCUUUGCAUUUCAAGCUGAAAUUGCUCAGCUUAUGUCUCUCAUCAUCAAUACAUUUUAUUCAAACAAAGAAAUCUUUUUGAGAGAAUUGGUAUCCAACUCUUCUGAUGCAUUGGACAAAAUCCGUUAUGAGUCUUUGACUGAUCCUUCCAAAUUGGAAUCUGGCAAGGACCUCCACAUUAAAAUCAUUCCAAAUCAAGAAGAAAAAACUUUGACUAUUAUUGACACUGGUAUUGGUAUGACCAAAGCUGAUCUUGUCAAUAAUCUGGGAACCAUUGCUAAGUCUGGUACUAAAGCAUUCAUGGAAGCUUUACAAGCUGGAGCUGAUAUUUCUAUGAUUGGUCAAUUUGGUGUUGGAUUCUACUCUGCAUACUUGGUAGCUGAUAAAGUUACUGUUAUAUCUAAGCAUAACGAUGAUGAACAGUACUUAUGGGAGUCAGCUGCUGGAGGUUCAUUUACAAUCCGUACUGAUCCUGGUGAACCAUUAGGCCGUGGUACCAAAAUAAUCCUCCAAAUCAAAGAGGACCAAGCUGAAUUCCUUCAACAAGAAAAAAUCACUGGUAUCAUUAAGAAGCAUUCUCAAUUCAUUGGUUAUCCUAUUAAGUUGAUUGUUCAAAAUGAACGUGAGAAAGAAGUAAGUGAUGAUGAAGCUGAAGAAGAAAAGAAGGAAGAUGGUGAAGGUGAAAAAGAAGAAGAUAAGAAGCCCAAGAUUGAAGAUGUUGGUGAAGAUGAAGACGAAGACAAAAAAGAUGAAGAUAAAGACAAAAAGAAAAAGAAAACCAUUAAGGAAAAAUACUUGGAUGAAGAAGUUUUAAAUAAGACAAAACCCAUCUGGACUCGUAACCCUGAUGAUAUCAGCCAAGACGAAUAUGGUGAAUUCUACAAAUCGCUGACCAACGACUGGGAAGAUCAUUUAGCUGUUAAGCAUUUCUCAGUUGAAGGUCAACUUGAAUUUAGAGCACUGUUAUUCAUUCCCAAACGUGCGCCUUAUGAUAUGUUUGAGAAUAAGAAGAAGAAGAACAACAUUAAGUUAUAUGUUCGUCGUGUAUUCAUUAUGGAUAACUGUGAAGACCUCAUGCCAGAAUACUUGAACUUCAUUAAGGGUGUUGUUGAUAGUGAAGAUUUACCUUUGAACAUAUCUCGUGAAAUGCUCCAACAAAACAAGAUUUUGAAAGUCAUUAGGAAAAAUUUGGUCAAGAAAUGUUUAGAACUUUUCGAAGAGUUGGCUGAAGAUAAGGACAACUACAAAAAGUUAUAUGAACAAUUCAGCAAGAACUUGAAACUUGGAAUUCAUGAAGAUACACAAAACAGAAAGAAACUUGCUGACUUGUUGAGAUUCCAUACCUCUGCUAGUGGUGAUGAAGCAUGCUCUUUUAAGGAUUAUGUUGCACGUAUGAAGCCAAAUCAAACUCACAUAUACUAUAUUACUGGUGAAAGUCGUGAACACGUGUCUAACUCUUCAUUUGUGGAACGUGUUAAGAAGCGUGGUUUUGAGGUUGUUUACAUGACUGAGCCCAUUGAUGAAUAUGUUGUACAACAGAUGAAAGAAUAUGAUGGCAAGAACUUGGUAUCUGUUACCAAGGAAGGAUUAGACCUGCCUGAAACUGAUGAAGAAAAGAAGAAGCGUGAAGAAGACCAAGCUAAAUUUGAAAAAUUGUGUAAAGUUGUCAAGGAUAUUUUGGACAAGAAAGUUGAAAAAGUUGUUAUAAGUAACAGGUUGGUUGAAUCUCCUUGUUGUAUUGUAACAUCUCAAUAUGGUUGGACUGCCAACAUGGAACGUAUCAUGAAAGCUCAAGCACUAAGAGAUUCUUCCACUAUGGGUUACAUGUCUGCAAAGAAACACUUGGAAAUCAACCCUGAUCAUCCAAUUAUUGAAACAUUAAGACAGAAGGCAGAUGCUGAUUCCAAUGACAAAGCUGUCCGAGACUUGGUUAUGUUGUUGUUUGAAACAAGUUUGUUAUCUUCUGGUUUUGGACUUGAAGACCCGCAAGUUCAUGCUUCUAGAAUCCACAGAAUGAUUAAAUUAGGCUUGGGUAUUGAUGAAGAUUUGCCUGUAUCAGAAGAAAAAUCUGCUGAUUCAGAUACUGCAACUCCCAUAGAGACAGAUGAUGUAGAAGAUUCAUCACGCAUGGAGGAAGUUGAUUAAAUUUAUACUCAUUAAAAAUUAAUCAACUUUGAAAGAACAACCAUUUCCUAUAUUUUUACUGUUAUAUUAUUUUGAGACUGAUUUGUCUAUUUUUUUUUUUUUUUGUAUUCAAAUUUAUUCUGAAUUAAAUCUAUUGUAUAGCAAUUUAAUUUGAAUAUAGGUUCAUAAACUUCUUUAAAUAUUUGCACCCACCACUAUGUGUAUGCUGUGUGUAAGCUUGAAAUAUUGUAUGUUGUUAUAUGUAAUGAAUAUGGAAUAAUUAUUAUACAGAAUAAUUUUUGUAUAUAA